ACCACUUUCGUGGUCUCCACUCCAACGAGCACGUGCCAGGUCUACUUCUCCACUUGUUGCCGGAUUAGGUAGGUGCGUGGGCGUAUGUGGGCGUGCAGCGCACUCGUAACCGGUGGUGGUGGUGACUUCAAGUCGACUGCGCAGUUCACCACCACCACCCGCAACUCGCUGAAGACCGCCGCAGCCGCUGUGAUGCAAGUGGGCAAGGCCUCAUCGGCAGGGGCGUAUGCCAGUGUGCUGGUGCCUGUGUCUUCUGCCACCUCAUCCGGCUUCAGCUGCGCCAUCAACAGCGAUGGCGGCAUCACUCCGCCGUCGGAGUUGGCCGCAGCAGCCGUGGCGGGGGGGCGAAGCCCCCCAGGAUUGCCCCUGUCCGUGCCUGCCUGCCUGCCUGCCUGCCUGCCUGCGUCGACAAAAAGUGCCAAACUGGCGCAAACCGCGAGUGCCACGUAUUAUUAAUUGCUAUUCCCUAUUGUAGAAAAAUAGGCGGCAGGAAAAACUCGGCCGGAGCGAGAAGCGACCUCGUGAUGAGUCCAUGGACAUCUUGACUUUCUUCAGUCCGCGAGUAUAGCUCUCGGCCCCUAAAUAUCUUACAUCCAUGUAUCAAAACAUGUCGACGACAAGCGUCUUGGGGCAAGAAUGUCGAAAUUGUUUGCAACAGCCAAACCAUGCGUCCCCGAGCCUUAAAUGUGUCGCGGCCCGGGAGCCCGCGCCCGAGCCCGGCUAGCCGUUUGCGGUGCUUGAGUGGGAUGUGGGUGAGGUGCAUUUGGGAUAUCAUGGACCGUGAAGUGGCGUGGGUAAGGUGGCGUGGCGUGGCGGGGACAGGGCAUGUCGGUGCCUCGGCACGGCGUUGGCAUA